GGUAACAAGUUCCCCAUCCAUUUUCCAAUAUUUUGUUAGGUAGCAGAAAUUAUUUUCUAUCAAUUAAAAAACCUGACUGUUUGUCUUUGAAAAAUUGCUCACUUUUCUGCUUUACUUCUCCAAAAUUCUACCCAGAAGAUCAUCUGUCCUAGUAUAGUCAAGGAAAUGCCACAAAUUCAAGAACGUGCGUUGACACACAUGGGCGGCCACUGCAGACUGCAGUCAAUGGGUUCGAGUAUGGACUUUAUAAUCUUUGAGAGAGCACAACGUAUAGCCCGCCCCUGCGGAUUCAUAGAGUUCAAAUGGGACAUUCCUGCACUGCAAUUAUCAUGGAUGCAGGCAAGUUCCUUCUCUAUUCUCUCCUUCUAUUUCUACAGGCCCAACUUUGUAAUCCGGAUGAUAGCAUAGCCAUGAACCAGACCAUCAGAGAUGGAGAAUUUCUCGUUUCUAAAGGUGCUAACUUUGCUUUGGGGUUUUUCAGUCCCGGCAGAUCUAGUUAUAGAUAUGUUGGGAUAUGGCAUCAUAGAGUUCGAGAAAGAACUGUGGUAUGGGUAGCAAAUAGGAAUGAGCCACUCAAGGACUCAUCGGCAGAGUUGUCACUUAACCAAUUUGGUGACCUGGUCAUAUUUGGCCAUUCUUACCAGAACAUUCCAGCAUGGUCGACGAAUGUUUCUGCUGAGGUAAUGGAUUUUCGCUUUGCUAAGCUCUUGGAUUCUGGAAACUUGGUUCUGAUUCAAGGUCAAUCUGAUAGAGUUGUGUGGCAAAGUUUUGAUCAUCCCACCAAUACCCUUCUCAGUGGAAUGAAACUUGGAAUGAACCGAGAUAAGGGUCUCAACUGGUUCUUGUCAUCAUGGGCAUCAGCAGAUAAUCCUGGUACAGGUGAUUACUCGCUUCAGCUCAACCCAAAUGGCUCACCUCAGUUCUUUUUGUACAAGGGUAAAACCCGCUACCUUCGUACUUCCCCAUGGCCAUGGAAAAAAUACCCUGAUGUAUACAAUUACACCUUUGCUAGCAUGGAAGAUGAGACAUACUUUAAUUUCUCCAUUGAUGAUCCCUCCGUUAUGGUCAGAUUUGUGUUGGAUGACUCUGGAAUGUUCAAACGAUUCUCUUGGCAUGUAAGUGAGGGUAGAUGGAAAGAGUUCUGGUCAGUGCCAAAGUACAGGUGUGACUUCUAUGGACAAUGUGGUGCCUAUGGUGUAUGCGACCCUCUCAACGUUAAUGCGUUUGAAUGCCACUGUUUGCCAGCGUAUGAGCCUAAGUCUCCUAGGGACUGGUCUUUGAGGGAUGGAUCAGCUAUUUGGGUUCACACAAGUUCAAGCAAGGUGGACUGUGAACGGAAGUGCCUGAAGAAUUGUUCUUGCACCGCAUAUGCUAGCAUAAAGAACGGCGGGGAAGCAAGUAGCUGCCUGCAUUGGAACGGGGAAUUAGUGGACACAACAAACCGUGAAAGUUUUGAUGGCCAUGAUCUCUAUGUCCGUGUUGAUGCUUUUGAAUUAGCUGAGAAUUUGAUGAGAUCUCGCAGCUUCUUUAGGAGGAAACGGAUGCAGCUGAUGCUAGUAACUUCUGUUUCUUUCACAUGGUCUGUCAUUCUUGUAGUGCUCCUAUGGCUCAGAAAGCGAAAAAGAAAAGGUAGGGGGAAAGGGCUCAACAUAUUAUUUGACAGCGAAGGGAGCAGGUACAGUGAUAAAGGGGCGAACAUGUAUGUUGGAAGCAGUGAUCUUACUAUUUUCAGCCUCACUGCUAUAAGUGCAGCCACUGCUGACUUCUCUCCAGCUAAAACACUUGGACAAGGUGGUUUUGGCUCAGUUUUUAAGGGUCAGCUACCUCAUGGACAGCAGAUUGCUGUCAAAAGACUUUCCAAAAACUCAGGUCAAGGGAUUGAAGAAUUCAAAAACGAGGUCAGAAUUAUAGCAAAGCUCCAGCACAGGAAUCUUGUGAAACUACUUGGCUGCUGCACAGAACGAGAUGAACAAAUACUAGUAUAUGAGUAUAUGCCUAACAAAAGUUUAGAUUCUUUUCUCUUUGAUGAAAGGAAAAAACAGUCUCUGGAUUGGAGAAAACGAGUGGAAAUAGUUUUGGGGGUUGCCCGUGGAAUCCUCUAUCUGCACCGAGACUCGAGGUUUCGAAUCAUCCAUAGGGAUUUGAAAGCAAGCAACAUUCUUUUGGAUGGACAGAUGAAUCCAAAGAUUUCCGAUUUCGGACUAGCCAAAAUGUACAAAGGCGAAGACUUUCCAGAGAAAACAGCUAGAGUUGUUGGUACAUACGGCUAUAUGUCACCAGAAUAUGCAGUCUUUGGAAAAUUCUCCACAAAGUCCGAUGUCUUUAGCUUCGGGGUAAUUUUUUUGGAGACUAUUAGUGGGAGGAAGAUUAGUGCCUUCUGCAAGGAGGAUCCAUCCCUGAACUUGAUAGGACAUGUAUGGGAGUUAUGGAGAGAAAAAAGAGCAUUAGAGAUAAUUGAUUCGGCAAUUAUGGAGUCAUAUGUUCCAAGUGAAGCCUUGAGGUGCAUUCAGAUAGCACUGUUGUGUGUGCAAGAAGAUCCAAAGGACCGGCCAGAUAUGUUAGCAGUUAUUCAGUGGUUGAACGGUGAAGCUUCUCUUCCUUCCCCUGACCAGCCCGCCUUUGUCCUGAGAAAAUAUUGCAAGGAUCAACAGUUUUCACUGAAGGGAGAAAUCAUCCCCGAGGAUACCUUUUCUCUCCCUUUUGUAACCUGUUGAUUUGCAGAAUCCAUGCUCACCAGCCUCGAAGUUUUUCCUCAAAGAGAAGAGGGUACUUUUCAUAUGAACCUUGCAAGCAUACUUUAGCUUCUUACUGAUGUCAAUGGAUUACCAAUUAUGCUGCUAUCAGAAGGUUGCUGCAAUAUAAUUGUGAAAUUCUC